AUGGCCUGGAGGCUGGUCUACGCCCUCCUCUCCACUUCACACGGCACCGCCCCCACUGGCACGGAGAGACCCGCUGCUGCCGAGGCUGCCGCUGCCCGAGCUCCGAGCAGCCUCUGGCGCGGGGGCCUCCGGGGGCUCCAGGGCUUCGGAUGGCGGCGCCGAGUGGUGAGAGGCCCUCGCGUGCCCCACGCUACACAGGCCCCCAAGCUCAAAGCCGUGCUCACCCACAACUACUCGGGGGAAGGCUCAGGGCACCGCAGGCGGUGUUGCCCUUUCCGCGUGCGGUUUGCGGAGGAGACGCUACGGGACACAGCGCUCCGCUACUGGGAACGCAGCUGUGCAGUCCGGCAGGGCAUCCUCGAGAACAGGACAGCCAGCGGGUCAGCAGCGUCGGAGCAGGUGUUCGGGAGUGUCGGGAGAUGGCUGGAGAGUUUGCCCAAAGUCCUGUAUCCCAGGGCCAAGGAGGACACCAUGGCCAACUCAUUCGGCUGGGACUUCCCUGGCCUGUCCACCCUGGAGCCGAAGGGCCACCUCUCUGAGGACACCUCUAUGAACAGCAGCCUGCCCUUCAUCCCCAGAGGCAGCGGGGGGACCUCAAAACCUUUCUGGAGCAGGAGUCCUUCCUGCCCAGCUUGGUGUUGCACACACGGUCCUGAAACAAGGCCGCCCUAAGGGGCACCAGCUCCUCCUGCCGUCAACAUCACGUUGCGCUCAGAGGUGAAUGGCUGCUGGUGCCCAAGCCCAGGUGUGGACACGGGUGAGGGGUGAGGAGAGGCCUUCCCUGACCCACAAAUAAACACACAUCCCUGGUG